AUGUGGUCGUCUACUUCCAGCGUUAUACGCUUGACCGCAGAAAACACUCUGGGAAAGACGACUCUAGGUAAGCCAAAGGUACAAAAGGCUACGUGGUUUUGGAACGAGGAAGUUCAGGCGGCAAUUUGUGAGAAGAAGUCCAAGUAUAAGCUCUGGUGGAGGACGCGUCAGCCUGAAGAUCGGGGUGCUUACCUAGCGGCGAAGAGUGAGGCUAAGAAGGCAGUCUCCAAAGCGAAGUCGGACCGCUACAAGGCUGUGUACGAUAUGCUUGAUACCAGAGAAGGCGAGCGGGCAGUGUAUCGUUUAGUCAGAGCACGUCAUCGCUCAACGUUGGAUAUGGAGCACACCAAGAUCGUUAAGGGAGCUGAUGGAGCCGUUCUGCGCCGCUCUGGUCAGAUCCUGGAGAGGUGGCGAGAGUACUACAAUCACUUGUGUAACGAAGAGUUCUGUCAUCCUCCCAUCCCAACCGUUCCCAGCGUCGAGGAUCCUGUUCUACCAAUUACUGCCGUCGAAGUCAGUGCUGCCCUCGCAAAAAUGAAGUCGAACAAGGCAACCGGUCCUGAUGACAUACCUGUUGAUAUCUGGAAGCUGCUAGGAGAUCGAGGGUCCAUGUGGCUCGCAACUCUAUUUAACAAGAUCGUUGCAGAAGGACGGACUCCAGACGUUUGGCAAACUUCCGUGACCGUGCCUGUCUGGAAAGGGAAAGGAGACAUUGCUGACUGCACCUCGUACAGGCCUAUACGACUGCUCUGCCAUACGAUGAAGGUUUUUGAGCGUGUCCUGGAAGCUCGUCUGAGGAAAAUUGUUAGCGUUUCACUCAACCAGUGCGGUUUUGUGAAGGACUGCAGCACUAUAGACGCUAUCCAUGCUGUCCGAAUCCUCCUGGAGAAACAUCGAGAGAAGAACCGCAGUGUGCAUCUUGCUUUUCUCGAUCUCGAGAAAGCUUUCGACCGUGUCCCACAUGAGCUGUUAUGGAUGUCCAUGAGGUCGCAUAGAGUACCAGAAGAAUAUGUGCGGUGGACGAAGCUGCUUUAUGCGAAGCCUACCAGCGUUGUACGAUGUGCUGUUGGAACAAGCAGGCCAUUCCCUGUACGAGUAGGGGUUCAUCAGGGAAAUCCAUGGAUUCUACUCUUUGCCGACGAUGUCAUGCUCGCGUCGGAGUCUCGAGAUGAUCUUCAGAAACAAGUGCAGUCUUGGAAGGAUCAGCUGCAGCAAUAUGGAUUGCGCCUCAACACAUCAAAAACUGAGUACAUGGAGUGCGGACCAAGGAUAGAGGAUGGUUCAAUUCGUGUUGAUGGCACCGAAUUAAACAAGGCGAAUUGCUUCAAGUACCUUGGAUCCAAAGUGACUUCCACAGGCGACAUUGAUCAAGAAGGUCGAGCACGUGUUAAUGCUGCAUGGAUGAAAUGGAAAAUGGCAACAGGGGUACUAUGCGACAAGAAAGUCCCUGUUCGACUGAAGUCGAAGAUCUACAGGACGGUUGUGCGUCCUGUUGCCCUUUACGGAUGCGAGUGCUGGCCGACAACGAAAGCCUUGGAAAGAGUGCUGCACGCUAUGGAGAUGCGGAUGUUGAGGUGGACGAUAAGUGUAACGCUAAAAGAGAAAGUAUCCAACGGCACUGUGCGCUCCAUCUUCGGUGUCGUCCCGAUAUCUGAGAAGAUGAAGGAGGCGCGAUUGAGAUGGUUUGGUCACGUAUUGCGGCGGGAGGAAGAUUCUGUUGCCAAAACCGCUCUGAAGCUCGACGUUUCAGGAGUGAGGCCGCGCGGGAGGCCAAAGAUUCGCUGGUUAGAGCGUGUGAAGCUGGAUAUGAUAGAUGCACGUUUGUGUACGGCUGAUGCAGUGGAUAGAAUCAAAUGGAAGACAAGAAGCAGAAAAGCGGACCCUGCAACAACGCGGGACAAACGCUAG